GUUUACACUACUGCUGUUUGCUCUGUUCUGUGAUCAUGGCUGCACUGGACCACACCAGCCAUGUUUGCUAAUUUAAAACCCAAAGAUGGAGUCAAAUAAUUUCAACUAUGGCACCCACUCCUCACCAAACUCAGGACUGAAACUCUCCUCAGGGGAUUCUCUUUACACUAACGGGUCCUCCAUGAGUUUUCCUCAGCAGGGGAAGAAUAUGAAUGGCGAAAUGAAUGUGAAUGGCGUCACUACUGUACUCGGGUCCGGUGUGCCUGGUUCCCACCCACCAACUGCUCCUUACCCACACAUGAGCAACCACCACCAGAGCAGCAUGGGCUAUGACUACUUGUGGGGAGGACACCCUCAGUAUGGUCCAGCCAUGGGCACGUCUCCUGGGCACGGGAUGCACCAGAAGCAACCUACACCUGGGAUGGUGCAGCCUCAGUCACAGCACCACUUCCAGGGUCAUGGGCAGUACCAGCUGAAUGGGGGUGUUGAAAGCUCCCACCAGCCCCCUGUGGCAGGCCCACCAAACAUGCCUCUUACUGGGAGUCAGUACUGGAACAGGAGUAACCCUGGCCCACAGCAGAUAAGUUACAAUUCCCCCAGUAUGUAUGGAACCUACCAGAGUCAGGCACAUCCUGGAAUUACACCAUCACAACAUCACCAGCAGCAGUCCCUACAACCGCCCCCACAUCAACCGUCGCAGCAGCACAUUCACUCCCAUCGUCACCCACACCACCACCACCACCAGCAGCACCAGCAACCACAGCAUUAUGGCCUGAUGCCUAAUGGGAUGCCCUACUACCAGCAUCAACCCCAACACCCGUCCCUGUCGUCUCCCCAGCAACAGCCAUCCCAGCAGUCUCAGCCCCAAGGCCAGGCUCAGAUGAUGCCCACAGCUGCCCAGAAUUUUACUCCUCCACAUGGCAGCCCACAGCCCCACAGUUUAGGCAGAGGGGGCACUGGCAGCCCUCUUCUGGUGGGGAUGUCCUCAACACCAAUGAUGUCACCGUCAACAGCGCAGGAUAGUGGAUCACCCAAGGGCCACAGCAGGGAACGGAGCCCCCUUGCUAGCAAUGUGGGAAUAUCUACUGUCAUGCAAGGGCAUACGAGAGAAGCUGUCAAGGAGGUAGAUGCAAGCUAUAAUGGCAUGGAAAGGGCACCUGUUGCCCAUAGACUACCCAAAAGUGCGGCUCAUGAGGGACCUGAUUACCGUCAGCAUUCUGAACAGCCAGCAGCUCAGCAUCCAGAAAUGGCUUCCUUAGUCAGAGAGCCAGCUGUUAAUACGCCUCCCCUGUCUGUGUCAUCUCAGCUCUCUGAAUCUACCACGGACUCAACACCUCCUCAGGUCUCUACGGGUCCUGCUGUCUCUGAGUGUCCCACAUCUGCCCCUGGGCCCCCUAUAGAAUCAUCCCCUGACGUUGAAUCUGCUCCACCACAAAUCUCAAUGCCCCCCAAUGUGUCCUCUUCUCCAUCUCCAGCUGCUCCACCCAGACUUUCCUCACCUCCUCUAAUGAAGCAAGGCCUCAGGCCUCCCACUUCUGCUGUGACUGAGACAUCCCCUGCUGGAUCCAAGCAUCUGUCAGUGGGGCCCUCUUUCUCCUCCCUGCCUGCAUCAACUAAAAAGUUGUCUACACCUCUUGCUUCGAUUGAUAGUGUGUCUAGACCUGCAGCAGUUUCUUCAGCCCCUCCAUUCUGUUCUUCUUCAUUGGAGUCUGUCCGAAAGUCUGGACCCCCAAAAUUAAUACCUGCUGCAUCAUCAGUGGGUGCAAAAUCCUCAUGCGCUGGUGUGGCUCCACCUCUAAUGUCAGCAUCAGGAUCUUCAACCUCAACACCACCUGACUCUUGUUUAUCCACACCUGCAUCUCCUAUGUCUCUGUCAAAGACUCCGUCAGUUGGCUGUAAACCUUGUGACCCAGCGCCCAAACCCCAGCAUCAGACAAACACUUCUGCAGCUGCUGACUCUGGUCUUUCCACUGCGUCUGCAGCGGCAUCACCACCAGGAGCGGUGAACUUACCCUCUCCAGCAGCCUAUGAAAGUCUUACAGUCCGACCUCUGUCUACCCUACCUCUUCUAACCACUCAAGCCUCCAGGACUGCACCGGUGUCUGCCCCUCCUGCCUUGGUGUCUGUCCCCUCUGCAAUGGAGUCUGGAGUGGUCCAAAGUUCUGACUCUGAGCAGCAUCCUCCUAACACCACUCCUCUUCAUGCGCUGAAGCAGGCGUCUCCCAGGGCAGAGCACUAUAGUCAUAAUGAGGAUAGAAAAACGUUGGCUAACAAAAGAAAUGGAAAACCAGAGGAACACCCCUCUCAGCUUGAUACAGGCACGAUAAGGACAUCACAGAAGGUGGGAGCUACUGAGACUAAUAAAUCUGAAAUUUGCUCACCCAAAUCCCUCACAGAUCUUCCUGGGAAGCCCUUGCAGACCACAGUCGCCCCUGAUCAAAAGUCCAAGAAUAAACAGACGGCUUCUGAAAAGCACCACAUGCAAAGCAGUAUCUGUGAGGCAGAGGACUCCUUGGUGGAGCAGAAUCCACUCAGAAACUCUUCACAUCUCCACAGCACAAGGAUAGAACAUCUGACUGAUGAAGAAGAUUUUGAUAACUCUUCACAUGCAGCUUCUCACUUUGAUGGCAAUUCAACGUUUAACAGCCCCUCUAGGAUUGACGUCAGCUCUGUCUUUGAAAAGACCUCUCUUCUAGACGGUGAUAGCUCAUGCGUAGAUGACUCCACUGACUUUGACAGCAGCUUUCACCUGAGGAAGGACACUUCUCAGUUUGACAGCACUUCCCAUGCAGAUGACAAACAAUCUACUGCAUUUGACACCACUAGAGAUAGCAGCUAUUUUGUGGAAGACUCCAGAGAUGCCAUGUUGGACUCCUCCAGGGAAGGGGAAAUGUCUGAGGCAGAAGAGACCAAGGACCGCUGUCAAAUCACAGGAGAAUCCAUGCUAGAGUCUUCCCUGAACAACACUUCUCAGAUGGAAGAUGCUUCUGUCCACUCAAGUGACUCGUCCAACUCGCACUCAUUUGUGUCAUCUCAUCCAGGUCAUCAAGGACCUGAAGCAGAGCGGGGCCCCAGAGGACAUGAUACACCAGACUCGGCUGGACGCAUUAGCAUUAAGACCACAGUUAAUGAGACAAUGACUCCCCCGAGUUUCAAGAUGAGAGAUGAGAACUUCAUCGCCUUCAGUACCCCAGCAGAGGGCCCUGCUGUACACCCACUCCAACCAGUAACUGAUCCGAUUGUGACAGCUGCUGGAGGGCAGCAGAAAACCCCAGGGAAACCACGCAAACCUCGAGAUCCAAAGGCAGCAUGGAUUAAAACCCCAGUUCCUGAGAAGGCCCAGCGGAAGCCUCGGGUUAGAACCCCUAAAGUGGAUAAGAUGAAGACUGAUGAAGAGGGAGGCAAUAAAGAGGAGGUAACCAAGGGCAGAAAGAGGAAGAAGUCUCUCAAGGUGGAGGUUAAAGACACAUCCGGUUCAUGUGGAGAGGCUGGGCCUCCCACAGGAGAGGUUGAUUCCAUCACAGCCACAAUUGAAGCUGUUCUGGCCAACGUUUCAGCUAAUAGCGCAGCAGUCGAGAAACCCAAGAAGGCGAAAAGGGUCAAGAAACAAGACCAAGAAGGAAACGUGGCAAAAACAUCUAAACAAGAUGCUGAAACAACUGCUGCUGAUGUUGAUGAAAAUGAUGAUGAUGACAGCUCCACUGCAGGUGAAUCUAACAGACAGAGGAGGGUUGCAACUGAGGAGCAGGUUCAGGUCCCAAUGCGGCAUGGUUGGAAGAGGGAGAUUCGUGUGAAGAAAAUGGAGAACCGCAUGAAGGGCGAAACCUGGUACUACACACCUUGUGGAAGAAGGAUGAAGCAGUUCCCUGAAAUAAUAAAGUACUUGAAGAGACACACAGAUAGUGUGGUCAGCAGAGAACACUUCAGCUUCAGCCCACGCAUGCCUGUUGGAGAUUUUUAUGAAGAAAAAGAAACUCCUGAGGGCAAGCAGUGGGUCCUCUUGGCUAAUGAGGAGGUUCCAUCUAUGAUCAUGGCCAUCACUGGCCGGCGAGGUCGACCUCCAAACCCUGAUAAAGAGAAACCUCGCAGGGUUCGUGGCCUGAAGGGAGGGCAGGCCCGGCGCCCUGGUAGACCUCCCAAACCCAAGAUGGUUGAUCUCCUUAGCAAAGUUGAUGCCAAGCUUUUGAAGCAACUUGAAGCCAAGGAAGCUCUCACCGAGGAGGAAAAGGAGAAACUUGCAAAAAUCAAAAAGAAAAUGAAGAAAAAGGCAAGAAUGAAGAAAAGGGAGGAUACGAAGAUUAAGAAGAUGAAAGCGGAAAAAAAGAAAGCCAAGCUUGAGCAAGCCAAGGACCUAGAACUGAAGGCUCUACCAACAGACCCGACAGCCCCACAGGCCACAAAGCCUGUAUCACGGUCUGCUGCAGAGCCCAAGAAGCCUGGCCGCAGGAGGUCAGUCAAGGUUGAGGCUCCCCCACCAGUACAGCAGACCGAUGAGGAGCGCAUAGCCCAGGGUAAGAGGGUGCUGGGUGCUCGGAGUAAAGCCAAGGCUUUGGCUAAAGCCCAGGCAGAGGCAGAGGCGGCAGCUCAGGCUGCUCUGGCAGCUAAGAGGGCAGCGGAGAGAAGAGCGCAGGCCCAGAGACGCUUGGAGGAGCGGAGGAGACAGCAGUUGAUCGCAGAAGAGCUGAAAAAGCCCACAGAGGACAUGUGUCUCACUGACCAUAAACCGCUGCCAGAGCUGUCCCACAUACCUGGUGUGGUUCUUUCUGGCAAAGCCUUUGCACACUGCCUGACUGUGGUUGAGUUCCUACAUGGCUAUGGAAGGAUGAUUGGUCUCAAUAUACCCAAGGACGUCCCCAGCCUUGCUACCCUGCAGGAGGGCCUCUUAGGCCUGGGUGACAGCCAAGCAGAGGUCCAGAACCUACUGAUAAAGCUGGUGGAGGCUGCACUUCAUGAUCCAGGCCUGCCAUCAUUUUAUCAGUCAGUAAAGAUCCUUGGGGAAAAGCUGGUUGAGUCGGAGCUGACCCGCAGCACAGUCUCAGAAGUACUACGCGUCUUUUUGGAAUCUCAUGAUUAUGAGACAGAAGUGUGCAACACACUGAGGACCAAAACAUUUCAUGCCCUGCCUCCGGACACCAAGGCAGCCAUCCUGGGUUUCCUGGUGGACGAGCUCAACAGCAGCAACGUUGUGACGAGUGACAUUGACAACACAUUAGAAAACAUGGCAACUUACAGGAAGAACAAGUGGAUCAUUGAGGGGAAGUUGCGCAAACUGAAGGCGGCACUAGGGCGUCGUACAGGACGAUCAGAGGAAGAGCUGUGUUUUGAGGAGAGGAGGCGGAGUGCCAGAGUGGCCGAGGAAGAGAACCUCAGUAUGGAGGAGAGUGGCCUAGUCUUGGAGAGAAGCAACCGCCGUGCACGCAAAGAAGAGCCCAAACUCAGUGAUAGUGAGAGCCCUACCAAUGCCAGCAUUCCAGAGCUUGAAAGGCAGAUAGAUAAGCUAGCCAAGCGGCAAGCAUUUUUCCGUAAAAAGCUGCUACAGUCAUCUCAUUCCAUGCGGGCCGUAUUGCUGGGCCAGGACCGCUACCAGCGCAGAUACUUGGCCCUACCCCACCUCGGAGGAGUUCUGGUCGAGGGGCCAGAGGAGCUGUUGACUUCUGGAGAAGUCCUUGUAGCUGAGGUUCCGGUCACCUUCCUCAAAAAGGAGCCCAAAGUUGAGGAGACUGCUAUGCCUACCACUCCCCCUCCUGCUCUACCUACUCCUUUUUCCUCUGCUACCCCUGCCCAGGCCCAGACCUCGUCCCCGGAGGAGGACCCCCUCCCUGGCACUGCAUCCCUCAUGAGCAGGCCAAGAGGACGAGGACGCCCCCGAAAAAUCAAACUAGAAGUGGAGCUUCACCUCCGCACAGCAAAGAUUCGCCGCCGGCGUCGAAGUAGCGCCAGGUCGGGGGGUGAAGAAGGGCCAGGAUCACUGAACAGUGGCACACUUGACCUCACGCAGACUGCUUUCAAGAGCUGGCUCAGCCAAUCGCAGGAAGCGAUGACCAACGGCACAUGCUCAGCAGCAGGGGAAGCUCCGGAGGGCAAUCGACCGGAGGAGAGUGUGAAGGAGAUUGCAGAGAAACAGGGACAGUGGUUCAACCUGCUCCCCAAACAACCAUGUGACGAUAACUCUCUGACCGAGCCCCAGAUACCCAGCUCACCCCCUAAACUCCUCCCUCAGAUCCUGAGUGCUCUGCCCGCACUCACUGCUCCACUCGUGCAGCCGGACCCGCUCUUGCCUGGCCUGACUCCCGCUGACCCUGUGACCCCAGCAACACCACAGGGCAUUGCCUCUACACUACCUGCCUCUGCUGUUCCCGUUUGUGCCCCAGUACCACCUCUUCCUCAGCUUCUUCCAGCUCCCAUUCUUCCUGCCACGCCUGCUCCAACUACCCCCCCGCGGCCAGGUCGCAGGCGGAGGAGAGGUAGCAGAGGCAGCAGUCCUGCACGCAGAGGGCCGAGAGGAGCUGCAGCCAAGCGCCGUGGCCGCCCUCCCAACUCUGUGUUCCAAGAGCUUGAGCAGCAGUACUUCACACAACUGGUGGUCAAGCCCAUACCAGCUUCUAUGGUGCGUGGCUGGUGGUGGAUCAAGGAUCCAGAGGAACUGUAUAGCACCUUACAGGCCCUCCAUCCAAGGGGCAUCAGGGAGAGGGUGCUCCAUAAGCAUUUGGCCAAACACAUGGAGAGCUUGGCUGAGAUGUGCACCAAACCUAUUGACGACCCUAUAUUUAAGUCAAAGGUAGAGGAGAAGGAUGUGCUAAUAGAGGCUCUGCAGCAGCCCUGGCAAGUGCAGGAGAAGACAAUGGAGAGUGACAUCAGCGCCCUACAGUGGGUGGAGGACCUGGAGCAGCGGGUCAUUGCCGCUGACCUCCAUCUCAAGGCGGCACCGCAGAGUGCAAUGAAUGAUGCAGAGUCCAACACAGAGACACCAAUGCCAGAAUUUCAGCCCUACACGAUCCCAGAUCCAGACUCCACACGUGAUGACCUCCAGUACUAUGAACAUGACGCCGACCCACGUGAUGACUGGAUUGUGCGAACUAAGAAGGAGUGGUCUGGCCUUCCCCGCAUCGCGACACACCCGCUGGACUUGGCCGUGCUGCGGUUGGCCAACCUUGAGCGAAAUAUUGAGAGACGCUACCUGAAGGAGCCGCUCUGGAACCCAGCCGAAGUGAUGCGCCUCGCUCCUCUCACCCCUACCCCAGGAGAAGAGCAUCCCAUGGAUGCCAUCAGUCUGGAAAGUGAGAUCACGUCUCGACUACGAACGUGGCGGCAGGCUCUGGAUCGCUGCCGCAGCGCUCCCCAGGUCUGUCUGUGUUUACUUCAGCUGGAGAAGGCCAUUGCUUGGGAGAGAUCUGUGACAAAAGUGACUUGCCAGGUUUGCAGGAAGGGAGACAACGAUGAUUGCCUGUUGCUGUGUGACGGCUGUGAUCGUGGCUGUCACAUGUACUGCCUGAGGCCCAAAAUCACCCAGGUGCCAGAGGGAGACUGGUUUUGUCCCACCUGCGUUGCUAAGGAGGACUGCGAUUCACCACGCUCGUCCAAAAAGAGAACCAGGGUGAAAAAGAGAAGAUAUGAAGACGACAGCUCUGAAGAUGAGACAACAACACGACGCAAAAGUGGCGGCAUGGCAACGCGGUACAAGGAGCCCGUGACACCCCCCUCAUCUUCCCGUCACCCUGGAGAAGGAAGCGCGGCUAAACGGCGUCGUAUGACAACCCGCAACCAGCCUGACCUCACCUUCUGCGAGAUCAUUCUAAUGGAGAUGGAGGCUCAUGCAGACGCCUGGCCGUUCCUUGAACCCGUCAACCCCCGCCUGGUGCCAGGCUACCGCCGCAUCAUCAAGAACCCCAUGGACUUCCUCACCAUGAGAGAGAGGCUGCUACAGGGAGGGUACUGCAGCUGCGAGGAGUUUGCAGCAGACGCAGAGCUAGUCUUCAACAAUUGUGAGCAGUUCAACGAGGACACGUCAGAGGUGGGAAUGGCUGGACACACCAUGAGACGUUUCUUUGAGAGCCGCUGGGCGGAGUUCUACUCAAAUAAGGACAAAUAGAUGCCUACAACGUUCCCCCUGAUGGUGGGGCUAUAGACUGUUGGUGCUGUCACCGUCCCAGUCACACUCUCUCCAUUACUGCUAAGACUGUCUGGAGGUUCUUCCAGCUAUGUGUAUUCUCUCAUGUAUAGGUAUAUAUGUAUAGAUUUUGGCUAAUUGUCUGUUAUUUUUUUCCUCUACUGGCCACAUCUUUUUCAGGCCCACAGCUGAACUGGCUUGAACUUGUAACCAUUCCCCAUUACAGAGAGUGAGAACAUGUCUCUCUUCACUUUUACUUCCCCCUUUUGGUGUCUCCUCAUUUUCACCUCAGCACCCCAUCUCCUGUUUGCGUUCUGCUGUCAAGUCCUUUCACGAGCCCUAUGUCGUAGCGAGGCCUUCGGUCAAGCCUUGCUUGUGGGGUGAUGACCGUCUCAGGCCAGGUUAGACUCCUACUGAAAGUCAGGGACUGUAAACACUUGCAGCCUAACGGCUACGUACUGGACCUGCUUAGCACCGCUCAACGACAAAAUGGAUCAAACCUCUUCACUGAGCUCGGCCCGUUUCUUACCUGUUCAAUGGAAAUGUAAUGUAAUGUGGUCUUAUUGCUCUAUAUUUUUAUUAUAUAUUCUAUAUAUAAAUAUAUAUAAAGAUUACAAUAGCUGGGAUUAUUUAAUAGCAAUAGCUUGUAGUUAAUGUGUACAGAUUACCUUAUAGAGAUGUCUAGACGAUUUCUGAAAAGGCCAGUUAAACUAAAAGGAAUCUGUUCUUGGACUGUCACAAGUAGACGUUGUAUAACCUCCACUUAAAGUCUCGCACGCCACACAUACACCCUUUUUACCAUCACACACCUUAACAUGCACAUGAUUUCACACACAAAAUACCCACCACCUGCUGCUGUGGGAAAUACACUGGUUUCUGAAACUGGGGGACUUUUUUUAGUGUUGGUCAGUCAGUCUUAUAUUUCACUCUUGUUAAGAGUAAAUUAUCAUCUAGUUGCACCUGAACUGUGUCACAGGCUGUGUACAACUGCAAGAAUGCUACUGCAACACAUGGCUCACACUGACCAGACAAGAUAGUGUUUGCAGGUUUAAAACUGCAAUUGAUUCGUGUUGAAAAUGUACUUCUGUUUGUCUGUAACUCAUCUGACCAUGUGAAAACAUCAAAAAGUAGUUACGUACGAGGCUUAAACCCUCAUCCUGUUUUUAAAGACUAGAAUUGCAAAGGAGCUUUGAGGUAUUGGGCACAUUCCUGCCUGGUUUUCUGUCUUAACAUUCCUUUUUAAUGUUUUUUUUUUUCUUUCUUUACAAGGGCCAAUGUACGCUGUUGCUUGGCAUGGUUGGUGUGCUAUGAAGGUGACAGGAUGACUCCACAGUCUGGUUUUUAUUUAAACGUGUUUCUUACACUGAACUCAAAUCCGUUGAUAGGAAAAUAAACUUUGUUGUCCCUUAUUACACUUAAAGAGACGGACGUUUUUUCAAAAAAAGAAAAAAAGACAUGAAAACCAAAUGUGGUGUUGAGUGAAUUUUUAAUAAUGUACAGUUUUGGUGACUUUAAAUUUGUUCCUUUAUAUUUUUAGGACCAAUUCGUCAUUUUUAAGAGGAGGUAUUACGAGACUCUGUUGUAUUAAGGUGAUGUAACACGUGUGCAUCUGUAGAAUGUACUGUGAGUUGAAUAAAAACCACAUCUAGUAGAG